CAAUCAAAUGUGUAUUACAAAUAAACAUGAAAACAUGAACUGUAUUUUUGGUUCAUGAAAUUGUGCGUUUAUUUUCGUUUAAUUUUCAUUUUAUUUUUCUAUUUCAAAACAAACUUGUGAUUGUGUGCUUAAUAUUAAUGGUUUCCAUAACAGUUGCGGUUUAUCAAGAGAACGUUAGAUGAAUGAACCGAUUAUAGUUUCUGUCGUUUGAUUACGAUAAAUAGCAAAGCUUGACGAAAUCCGAAAAAACACACUUUGAGCAAAUAUCAACGAUUAUACUCACAACAUUUGUUGUUAGACAAAAUACAAGAACAAUAAAAAAAAAUUCUAAGAAAAAUACGUCGUGUCAAGCGAUAACAACUUGCCAAUCCGAAACAUUCCAAUACCACCGCACAUUAUGAUGACGAUUGAUGCUAUUUCUCAACUUUUUGUGCUUACCAUUUUAUUAGCUACAGUGGUGAUCUCUCGAACAGAUCAGUUUGGCGUUGACGAACAAAUUACCGAUACAAAUCCAAAUGAAGCAAUGCGAAAAUUUCUUGAGCAACAUGGCAAACAGGCAUGGAUGGAACAGGGUGACGAACGACAGCCCAAAGUCAAUGUUCAACUAGAAUUAAGCAAAUUAAACUUUUCUCAUACAUGGGAACGAACGUGGCCAACAAAAGCGCGUGAAUUAGGUAGUGUGAGUGCGGUUAGUUUUGAUAAUGAUGAUAACCUAAUUGUGUUCCAUCGUGGUAACCAUAUUUGGGAUGGUUCGACAUUUAGUUUAAAUAAUGUCUAUUUGCCACGAAAUAAAGGUCCAAUCAAGGUGAACACAAUAGUUGCGUUCAAUCGAAAAACGGGCCAGGUGUCAUAUGAAUGGGGUAGUAAUAUGUUUUAUAUGCCACACGGUUUGACUGUUGAUCAUGAGAACAAUGUGUGGAUAACAGAUGUUGCUUUGCAUCAGGUUAUGAAAUUUGUCCCAAAUAAUCGAACAAAACCGGAAUUGACACUCGGUACAGCUUUUCAACCGGGUAAUGGUGCUUCAAAAUACUGUAAACCAACAGCGGUCGCUGUUCUACCAAAUGGCGAUUUCUUUGUAUCGGAUGGAUAUUGUAAUGCUCGUAUCAUCAAGUAUGCACGUAACGGCGAUAAAAUCAUUAGCUGGGGACUUAAUUCAUUUGCCGGUGAAUCAUUUCCACAUGCACCGCCAAACUUUUUUGCCAUUCCGCAUGCAAUGACAUUGGCCACCGAUUUGGGUUUGCUUUGCGUAGCUGAUCGUGAAAAUGGCCGUGUUCAAUGCUUCCAUUCAUCAAAUGGAACAUACCAUUCCCAAUAUCAUAGUGGAAUCAUUGGUGAUCGUUUGUUUAGUGUUGCUUAUGCACCAGUCAAUGGUGGACAAUUGUAUGUUGUGAAUGGGCCACAAAAUCCGGACUCAUUUCAUGCAGUAAUGGGUUUCAUUAUUAAUAUGCAAUCCAAUCAAAUAGUUGCAAAAUUCGGUCCAAACGAUGGUGUUUUCGAGAAUCCACAUGAUAUUGUUGUGUCAUCGGAUGGUGAAGAGAUAUACAUAGCACAAUUGUCACCUAACAUCGUUUACAAAUUCAACUCGAAAAAUCCGGCCACGUCGAAUAUCAUCAUUAAAGCGCCAACCGUUGUCAAGGCAACGGUAACAUUCGAUAAUAAUACAAAAACAUUGAACGAAUCAACGGAAUUGCCGACAUUGAAUUAUUUGCAAACAAGUCGUCAAAUAUUGUUCAUAAUUGGUUUGUUUGUAUCAUUUGUUUGUAUAACAUUGUUUGCCGUAUGGAUUAUUGCAAGACGACGGAAAUUAGUUUCAAGGAAUCGCCGAAGGCAUGCUUGGGACUUUCCGGCGGUUAACCGAAAAAAAACGGAUGGAUUUAAAUUAGGUAAUUUAUUGGAACGAAAUCGCGGAUUUGAAAAAUUGGAUCAGGAUGCAAGCGACGAAGAGCCAAAUUCAAGUACAAGUCAUUCACUGCUAUCAAACGCACAAUUUGCAUAAGUAUAACCUAGUUGAAAAGAAUUCAAGAAGAAAAUAAAAAUCAAUUAAUGUGAAGAUUUCUUCGCCAAAAAUAAA